AUGGAUUGGGAUUUAAAAUACGGCGAGCUCGCCAAGGACAAAGACUAUGUAAACAAAUGUGAAAAUCUCAAGGCAAAUCUAAUGGAGCUGCAAAAAGUGUUAGACCAAUUAUUGCCGCUUAAGGCCCAUUAUGACAAGAUGUGCUUGCCGGCGCAGAUCGAGCUAGAUCUAUUUCUAGCGUUCACGUUGAACUCCUUGCACUGGAUACACUUGCGAAUACAGGGCGUGGACCCGACCAAGCAUCCAAUUAAAGAUGAGCUCCAGCGAAUAAAGGCGACUAUGUUAAAGUGGCAGGAAGUCAAAGAUCGCGACAAAAGACCGACUGUGGACAUAGAAGCUGCUAAGAGAUUUGUGAGAAGUGGCAUAUAUGAUCCAUACAGAGCUAUUGGGCAGCCGCUAAACAAGAAAAUAAAAUUCAAAGAAGAUGACGAA